UUAGUUUGUAGGUGCCUAAAAUCAGCGGCUGUGGCUCCGUAGUCUCCGGCUGUCUACCGUGUGUCAAAAUCUGCAUUUCUCCUUUGUCGUGGGCAGUUGGCAGGACCAGAGCUGUUUUGCUUUUAAGUUAUUACGCUAAACCAGUGUCCCUCAAAGUACGGAGCAGUCAUGCAUUUAAAGCUUUGCUCUGCAACUCUUUGGGCCACACCGACUUAAAAGCCGCCACACUAAUGGCACCUUCCAGUUGACAGAAUGGCCCAGAUAUCAAGUGGUAAUGGGUUUAAGCUGGAUGUCCCCCAGUCAAAGGGGGUUGUGGGUAAAGAGGAAGCCCUCCGCAUGGAGGAAGAGGCUUUAGCAAAGUUGCAAAGGGAAAAGAGACACCCUCUUUCAGCUUCAACCUCUGGAGCUUCCUCUUCCUCCUCGAAACCAAAACCAUCUAUAUCUACCACUACUGCUCCUCAGCCUUCACCCUCUACUAACAGACCAGAAAAGGACCUCAUUGUCUUCCCAGAGACCAACAAACAGGCAGAGCAGGACAAGUUCAGGGAUAUUGAUGUGGACAAGCUGACCAAUGAGGAACUUGAAAAGCUCCUACUUGAUGAAAACUUUGGGGCUGACAGCAAGGCUUCCCGCCCCUCAUCACUGCUGGGGUUUAACCUCAGCGCCUCCUACCCUGGAGGCCAUCCCUGUAACUCGUCUCCUUUCCAGAGCAGUCAGUGGACAUCUGUUUUGUCCGCUCCAUCUAGCUCCAGUGUGUCCACUCCCACCCAUCAGCCCACACCAAUGUUUCCCUCUGCUCCAUUCCCUAAACCAGGCACAUUUCAAAAUGGCUUCAGUCCAGCCAUGUCUCCUUUCAUGCCCCUACAAGCACAGCAGUCACCUUUUAUGGCAUUCACUCCCAUCCAGCCUGCUGCUGCCAUGGUCUUCCCUCAACCAGCCAUGGACCCAGAGAUGGCCAAGCUGUUUGAUAAGAUUGCCAGCACCUCGGAAUACUUGAAGAAUGGCAGAUCGGCUAGCACUGACCCAGAGUCCUCUCAAGCAAACGCAGCUUCUCUGGCACCUAACUCACAGCCCCAGCAGCCAGCAGUGAUGAAAUCUUCUAGCAUCAGCCGCUUUGACUGGCUGGAUCUGGACCCGCUUACAAAGCGGAAAGCUGAGAAUGAAGAAACAUCCAUGGGAUCAGAAGGCAAUGCACAGGCAGUACCAGGGGUCGCUGCUGGAGAUCCUUGGGAUGCAGUGCUCGAGACUGAAGGGAACAGCAGUAGCAACAGCCCCCCACUGGAGGUGAAAGCUUCACUGUCAGCCCGCUCGCAGCAGAGGAGGGCAUCCAGUGGAGCCGCCGUCACUAGGAGUCACUCGCUCAACAUCCCAGGGACCUCAUCUCAGCACAAGGCAAACAAUCAGGACAAGGGAAAACGAAAAAGUCUGGUGAAGAAUGCUGCUCUGGAGGAACAGGAUGCUCAAGACCUGGAGGUUGUCGCCUUCUGUGAAGACGUCGCAGCCCUGCGUUCCAGGUUCCCUCAUGAUGACAUGUCCACCAACCCAGGCUUUGUCCUCAGCCCUGUCAUCACCCAAAGGGAUGGUGGAGGUGACAACAGCUGCUCUGUCAAGGUUUCUAUUGAGAUCUCUGAUUCUCAGCAGCCUGUAACUUUCACCUGUGACGUGAGUUCUCCUGUGGAGUUAUUGAUCAGUCAGACUCUCUGCUGGGUCCACGAUGACCUGGACCAGGUUGACUUCUCCAGCUACCUGCUCAAAGUGUGUGGCCAGGAGGAGGUGCUGCAGAAUAAACACAGCCUCGGCAGCCAUGAGUAUGUCCAGAAUUGCAGGAAGUGGGAGAAUGAGAUCACGUUACAACUACUCUCUCACUCCACCAUGAGGAGAGAUUUGGCACGCAGCGCGGAAGAUGACAGCUCUGCAAUAGACUUAGAGAAGCACCUGGGCCAGGUUGAGAGGCCUUUUAAGGAAAACGUCACCAGACAGGGCCUGGCUGACUAUUUGGAAGGCUAUCACAGUCAAGUAAACAUCUGCCUACAAAAUGAGAGUACCCAGUAUAAGACGGUAGACCGGGUGGUGCAGACUGUCAAGAACCUGUGCUGUGCUCUGGAUGAGGUGGAGACCCAGGCCAUCACAGAGGCUGUGAAAAGACUGCGACACUCCGUCAAUUUACCUAGGACACGCUCACCCAAGAUGGGGUCAUCUGGUCAGUCAUCAGAUGGUUAUGCCAGUCCUGUGGAGGAGUGUGUGGCCUCACUAACGCAGGCUGUCUACAAUCUGGCCAAGCUUUACUUGCGCUCCUUCUGUCCUCCCUCCGCCUCCUUCUGCUCGUGUCCAUUGCCCCAGGCUGCAGAAGGGGAAGCUGCGGAGGGGACGAGCAGCAAAGAAGCUUCUGGAACCACAGACCACCUUCAGUUCACUCUGUUUACUUUGCACGGCAUCCCAGGCAGCUGGGUCAGCAGUUAUGAGAAGUACUUCCUGAUGUGUUCCCUCACGCACAAUGGCAAGAACUUGUUUAAACCAGUCCAGUCCAAGAGAGUGGGCACAUACAAAAGCUUUUUCUACCACAUCAAAUGGGACGAGCUCAUCAGCUUCCCCAUUGCAAUAGCUGUGCUCCCACUGGAGUCCGUUCUUAGCCUGGCUCUGUUCGGGGUGCUGAAUCAGAAUGCCAGCGGCUCCCCAGACUCCAACAAACAGAGGAAAUCUCCAGAGCUGCUGGGCAAAGUCUCUAUGCCGCUCUUUGAUUUCAGAAGGGUGCUGGCUGGGGGCAGCAGGUUGCUCUGUCUGUGGACAUCUGCCCAGGGAGCUGCCACUGCUGCCGGCUCUACAGGCAGCCGCAAGAGGGUACCCACAGAGAGAAUAGUUCUACAGGUGGACUUCCCCAACUCACCGGUGGAUGUUUUAUAUGUGGCACCCAAGGAAGCCCCCAGCCCAGAGCCCAGCACACUGGAGGAGUUGGACCCAGACCUCCGACGCAAACUGGAGAAAAUCUGCAGUCGAGCUUCAAAUUUUGGGCUGAAGCGGACAGAACACCAGAUCCUAUGGGACCAUCGGCUCCACUGUCGGAGGGACCACCCCAGCAGCCUGCCCAAGGUGCUGGCCAGCACACCCAGCUGGGACUGGGCCCGCAUGGCUCACAUCCACUCUUUGCUGCACCACUGGCCUCCUCUGCCCCCUGUCACUGCGCUGGAGCUGCUCGACUCAAAAUUUGCAGAUAGAGAGGUGAGAGGUGUGGCUGUCAGUUGGAUUGAGAAGAGCAGUGAUGAUGAGCUAGCUGGAUACCUGCCACAGCUAGUACAGGCAUUAAAGUUUGAGUGUCACUUAAAGAAUGCCCUCGUCAUGUUCCUGCUGUCCAGAGCUCAAGGCAACAUCAACAUCGCCCACUACCUCUACUGGCUGCUAAAAGACGCUGUCCAGGAUCCUGCCUGGGGACGGCGAUAUGAGCGGGUGCUUGGUGCCCUGCUCUGUCUUUGUGGAGCCAAGCUGAGGGCAGAGCUGGAGAAACAAACACACCUGGUCACUCUGCUGGGAGUUGUGGCCGAGAGGGUCAGACAGGCCGGGGGAUCCACACGGCAGGUCGCACUGCAGGAGGGCCUUGAAAAUAUCCAGAACUUUUUCCAGAGGAAUAGCUGCCGACUGCCCCUCAGCCCCAGUCUGGUGGCCAAGGAGCUAAAUACUAAGGCCUGCUCCUACUUCAACUCUAACGCAGUUCCCCUCAAGCUGGCUCUGGUCAACGCUGACCCACUGGGAGAAGAGAUCAAUGUUAUGUUCAAGGUUGGAGAAGACCUGAGGCAGGACAUGUUGGCUCUUCAGAUGAUCCGCAUCAUGGACCGCAUCUGGCUGCAGGAGGGGCUUGACCUCCGCAUUGUCAACUUCAAAUGCAUCUCCACCGGAAAGGACAGAGGCAUGGUUGAGCUGGUUCCAUCCUCCGAUACACUGAGAAAGAUCCAGGUGGAGUACGGCGUUACCGGAUCCUUUAAGGACAAACCGCUGGCAGAGUGGCUCCGCAAGUACAACCCUGCUGAGGAUGAGUAUGAGAAGGCAUCAGAGAAUUUCAUCUAUUCAUGUGCAGGAUGCUGUGUCGCAACCUAUGUAUUGGGCAUCUGCGAUCGCCACAAUGACAACAUCAUGCUGCGCUCCACUGGUCACAUGUUCCACAUCGACUUUGGCAAGUUCCUGGGCCAUGCCCAGAUGUUUGGCAGCUUCAAAAGGGACCGAGCGCCAUUCGUUCUGACCUCUGACAUGGCGUACGUCAUCAAUGGAGGCGAGCGUCCCACCAGUCGCUUCCAGCUAUUUGUAGAUUUGUGCUGCCAGGCCUACAACCUCAUCCGCAAGCACUCCGGGCUCUUCCUAAACCUGCUGUCGCUGAUGACAUCAUCAGGCCUUCCAGAGCUCACCGGCUCUCAGGAUCUAAAGUAUGUGUUUGAUGCUCUGCAGCCCAACAACACAGACGCUGAGGCAACUAUCUUCUUUACCAGGCUGAUAGAGUCCAGUCUGGGCAGUGUAGCCACUAAAUUCAACUUCUUCAUCCACAACCUUGCACAGCUACGAUUCUCUGGUCUCCCAGCCAAUGAUGAGCCCAUCCUGUCUUUUUCCCCAAAGACCUACACUCUAAAACAGGAGGGCCGUAUCCUCCAUGCCUCUAUCUUCUCCUUUCAGAAGAGAUACAACCCUGACAAGCAUUAUACAUAUGCGGUGAGGAUCCUAAGGGAGGGUCAAAAUGAACCCCAGUUUGUCUUUCGCACUUUUGAUGAGUUUCAGGAGCUCCACAACAAACUCACCAUCCUCUUCCCCCUUUGGAAACUGCCGAGUUUCCCAAACAAAAUGGUGCUUGGCCGCACUCACAUCAAAGAAGUGGCAGCCAAGAGAAAAUUGGAGCUCAAUAACUACGUCCACAACCUGAUGAGGAGCUCCACAGAGGUUACCCAGUGUGACCUGAUCUACACAUUCUUUCAUCCAAUUGCACGGGAUGACAAGGCUGAAGGUUUUGAUGCCACACCCAGAGCACCGGAGCCUCCGUUGAGCCCCACUUCAGGUCGGGUGGAAGGAGAAGUAAAGCUCUCAAUCUCCUACAGGAACAGCACUCUCUUCAUCAUGGUCAUGCACAUCAGAGAUCUGGUUUCUGAAGACGGAACAGAUCCCAACCCAUAUGUGAAAACCUACCUGCUUCCAGAUCCACACAAGACUUCCAAACGCAAGACAAAGAUCUCAAGGAAAACCAGGAACCCUACUUUCAAUGAGAUGCUGGUGUACAGUGGCUACAGCAAGGAAACCCUGGGUCUUCGGGAGUUGCAACUGAGUGUGCUCAGUGCUGAGUCGCUGCGUGAGAACUACUUUUUGGGCGGCAUCACGCUCAGACUCAAAGACUUUGACCUUAGCAAUGAGACAGUCAAGUGGUACAAACUCACAGCCGUGCCGUACUUCUGAACCCCACUUGCCUCUCACUGAAGCCAGGAACAGCUCUGCCUCUCCAGACAAAAGUUGCAUUCACAUCAUAUGGGAAAUGCAGCAGAUGCGCCCUUACUUGAAAAUUACACCUCACCUUUCAGUUUAUAAAAGUACUACUUUAGAAUAUGGGGGGUCUGGAGAUUGGCUACUGUGUGUUUUCAGUAUAAGCAAUGAUAUUUUCAUUUGAAAUCUAACAAACCAAAUGGACCAUUUAUUUCAUGUGAAUUAUGUGAUGCUUUGUAUUUUUAAGAUGUCAUGGCAGGACACGGUCUUGUUGCUGAAAGACAUGCAUCACUAAGUACACAGAAUGUGUUGUACAACUGAUCAGUAGCGACCUCUAUCUGCAGUAUGGCAUACUUGCAGCAUAAGACAAGGUCAUUGCUUAUCAUUAGUUGCUUCAGAGGUUCUUCCCAUAUGACAUGAAUGCAGAGUAAAAACUCCUUCAGGCGCAUCCUCACACAGUGACCAACCCGGCUGAUUUCACACACCCAUAAAGGGGAGUCUGCUGUCCUUUCUUUGCUCAUUUUCUUUUUCUCUCUUUAACUAAUCUUAUUGUUUCUGUGACACUUAUGUUGUCUCUCUUUUUGCUAAACUGUAACAAAAAGCUGUAAUGUUUUGUACAUUUUGAUAUUGGAGGACCAAAACAGAUUACUUUCAGAAGAGUGUAUAUAUAUAUAGAUUGACACAUUUAUUUUUUAAGGAAUAGAAAGGAGGCUUGUUUUUAUGUUUUCCUUGUUUAUUUUCUAUAUAGACAUAUAGGAGGCAUCAGGGUUUCCUGCUUUACAGCAGACACUUCUGGGUAGAGUAGUCCAACACACCAGAUUCUAGAAAAGCAACCAUGACCUUAAGAUUCCCCAAGAAUGUGCCAAAAGUAAUGAGAAGGAUGGAAAAUCAAACCACUCUCCCCAUCAGGGAGCUGUACAGGGUGCCUUUGUUUGUGCUUGCAAUCUAGUUUUAGCGCUCAACUUGGCCUUAGUGCUUCAUAUAUUUUAUUAACAAUGUGAUGUGUCCUUAUUAAAAAACAUUCUGUAAAGCUACGUCAGUAGUUCUUCCAGAACAGGUCUUGUGACACACCAGCAUCUUUGGAGUUUUUGUAACCGUGGAUUGCCACUAAAUGCACACUACCAGGUCUUUCUCUUGUGAUAUUACUUGACUUUUCACACAGCACACCUUGAAGGUGAAUUUGUAUCAUAAGCUUUGGAACAUGCUCUUGUCUGUGCUCUGAAUGAAUGAGAUUAUUGUUACCCAAUAAUGUUGACCCUAAGUCACUUCUCUUUUUCCCAUAGGUGGUUGAAAACAGCAGUUCAGGCUUUUCAGAUUGCAUUUUAGACUCAGUUAAAACUGAGUCAGGCAGCAAUAUUAUGCACAUGAUGUCCUGAUGAGUAACUGGGUAAAUGAUUAUCAGUAACCGCCAGUGAAGUAUACAGUAGGUCCAGCCACAUUUUAUAUUUGAGAAAAUGUUCUGAAUUUUGAGGGAAUAGCAGAUUUAAACAUGUCAAGCCUGAGAAAGCAACUUUAACUUGUACCUGAAUCUUCAUAAAAAGGGAACAAGAUCCUGAGCAAGAAAUUAGCUGCUUUCCUCUCUUUCUAACUAAAAUCUUAAGUUGUUAAUGUUUAAUAAAGAAAUUAAGAUGAAUUUAUUAAAAAAAUGUUUUUAAGAGAUCUACAGGACAGUUAGACAGUUAGCAUAACAGAGCAACACAUACUAUCAAUAUUAGUGACUUGAUACACUCUUUUAGUGACUGUACAAAGAAACCAAGCAGUUUGUAUUAACAUGGCCAGUUAUUUAUUCUUAAUUGGUGACCUAUAACCCUAAUGGAUCAGAGUGUACUAUAAUCCUUCUUUCCUAAAGCAAAUUAAAUGUUUUGGAACAUA